AUGCAGCCAAAACGUCCCUCCAGCUCAAGGGACCUCGAGCCAUCGCCAAUGGCCGACAUUAGCCUGUCGCUACGCACCGCCUUUAUGGAUAACACACACUACCGUCGAGAAAGCGACUCGCUAUCGACCAGUGCCCUCAGUUCUGCCAGUGGCAGUCCAACCUCAUCGCCAGGCUCCAGCUGGCCAUUCCGCAAGCAUCGAUUUUCAGGCUCCAACAACACCCACAGCCGCGAUCGAAGCCGCAGCCCCUUUGCCAACAUCAUCCCCUUCUCCUUCCGCCGUUCGUCGCCCUUUUUUCUCCGUCGACGCCCAUCUGCCGUCGAUCUGGCACUGAGCGAAGAGCGAUCUCGCUGUGACGAAGAUUCUAUUGAGCGCGUUGGCCUGAGCCUGAUGGAGCCGCGUCCUGUUGAUCCCAUCCCGAUCGCCAUGGAUUUAAAUGCUCAUGUUUUGGAGGAUAUGACCAGCAAGCGAAGCUCCUGGACACAAUCUUCACAAUGCUCAGUGCUGAACCCGCAACAACCUCGAUAUGUGAUGGGCGGUAUCGUCGAGGUUAUGGAGGGCAAUGCGUGA